GGACGACACGAGGGCAUUGUAGGGCAUGGAUCAUACACUGACAUAACUCGGGGCUCUUCUAUGGCCUUGUUUUGACUCGAGCGAAGCGUGGAGAUAAACGUUGCGAAACUGAAAAGAAGAAAAAGGGGAUCAGAUAUAUCACAAGACUGCCACGUAAUCCCUUUUUGGCUCAGCAGGUCCAUGGUCUGGUUGGUGUGCUAUGGCCAGCUCAUGGCACAUGCCAGACUCCAGAAAAUCCUCGAGACCAAGGAGCAGCACAAGUCAGCCUACGUGCUCGUCCAGCAGACCUUCCUGUCGUUUGACUACCGAGGCUUCCCCUACGUCACGCCGGCGCAGCCGACAUGCAUCGUCCAAGGCCAAAACGACGGCCCGUGGUGCGAGCUCGAUGUUGAGCAAAAGCAAGAUCAGAUCGCCUACAUUCGCUAUCUGCACGAGCGUUGCAUCCCCGGCGUCCCCUUUGAUGGCCGAUCAGAGACGUUUAAAGAGCUAGAGGGCGUUGCGUAUGCGCUAUCCGAGCCCGAGCUCGAACGGGUCCUGGCGGCCUAUCCGGCCUACCGUCCCCUUCAAGUCUCGUUCCGCACGUUCACCGACGGAGACCUAUCGACGCUCACCGCCGAGAGCCACAAAGCCGUCAUCCUCGCUGCCAAGGAACAAUACCGAGCACCGCGUCUUCAGCCAUCUCUGCAAGUCUUCUUUGUUUCUAUGCGAUCAGCCCUUCUGCUCCCUCUGUCACAGCCUUAUCUGGGCCAUCUGAUAUGCCUGAAGCCGUACGCGAUUCCGCCAGAUUAUCAUCAUACGAGCCAGCGCUGGCAAUGGCGGCGAAGAAGACUGGGUAUUGCGCUUUUCAAGCUUACCUUUGUGCCGCUCUUCCUCUUCUUUCACCUGCCCGUCUAUCUUUUCAGCUCCAUCAUCAUCCCAGUAAUCACACCGAUCCUGGGCAGGAGCAUUGCCAAUCACCUGAUCGCCACAAUUGAACGCUAUCGUGUCCUUCUUGCAGAUCUGACUUGGCGGGCUGCGAUCGUUAUCGAAGCGCUGAUCUGGUCACCUCUGUUUGGCAGCGGCUGGACAACGACAGACAUUGUUUAG